CUGACCUUGCUUUGUCAAAAACUUGUAUAUAUUAAAUAUAUAUGUCACAUGUUUAUGACACGGCUGUUCAGUUUUAGUUUUGACGGUCCUUUGGAAAGAAGUCGAGAUAUAAUUUGUCAUUUGUGGAAAACACUUUUGGACAGCCUUUCAGAAUUUCUCAAAAAGACUUAGUAUUGCGGUGUAAGGAGUUCAAAGACGCGUGGACGCGCGACUGUUCGCAAUCUCACACAAGACAAAAAAAACUCAUGUUUUAAAGAUGCGCGAGAUAAAAAUCGGCAUGGCUUUUCUGCGACUGUUAUUACUGAGUAACACGUUAGUUUUUAUCGCGGUAACGAAUCUCGAUGCCAACGUGUCGUGUGCCGAAAACCAUGAAAUUUUGUCGAAGUCGUUGAACGUAACACCGGAACAUUACAAUGUGAAACUAAUAACCGAUAUCGAACGUGGCGUCUUUAUCGGUGAAUGCAAUGCCACAUUUGUUCACCAGGAUACGAAGCAAAGUAUAGGUUUUCAUGUAGAAAACUUAAUUGUAACGAAAGCCAGAUUGAUCGAGCAAGAUUCGCAAGUAUCCAAAGAGAACAUAUUUGCAAUUCACGAGCCGAUUCGACGUUUGGAUGAUUAUCUCGAGAGAUUUACCGUCCUAUAUUUCAACCAUACGUUAUCAUCCGGAAGAUACGUUUUGAUGACAGAAUUCUCUGGUAAUUUAACCGAUAAGGACGGCUUUUUCCGAACUUCCUGCAUAGAUUCGACUGGAAAGAAAACAUGGAUGGCAGCAACGCGUACUCAGACAGGUGACGCUCCGAGAGUAUUUCCAUGUUGGAACAAUCCGGAGUUCAAAACGACUUUUAACAUUUCCGUGCGACAUCAUAAAACCUACAUGGCUCUCUCGAAUAUGCCAAUACGAGCGAGCGAGGAAGACGAACGUGACACGAUAUGGACGCACUUCCGCACCACUCCUGCAAUGUCCACGUACUCCGUAGCCGUCGUUGUAAUGCCCCAAUUCGUAUCAAAGAGAAACCCCUCGUUCGACAAUGUUGUCAUGUGGUCCAGAAGCCACAUCGCGCCCUACACGGACUUCGCGAGCGACAUCGCUGGAAGAGUCGCGCGAUAUCUAGAAGACGAGCAGAGAUUAAACUCGUCGUUAAGAGUUCCCGAAGUUAAUCACGUCGCAAUCUCAGGUCUCUUGCCCUACAAAACUGUCGCAACUUUAGGUCUCAUUCUUUAUAGAGAAGAAGACAUAAUUUAUCGUAACGAAUUUUCGGUUGCGCACAAAUACAAUGUAGCGCGUUUGGUGAUGCAUCAAGUGGCACAUCAAUGGAUUCUUCUUUUCACUAACCCGUUGAGAUGGUCUUCCGCUUGGUUAUACGGCGCAGCUGAGUUUUUUGGCUUAUAUGCGCUCGAAAAGACGAUUCCAGAUUCAAAAAUAAUGAAUUUGUUUGUGAUUCAAACUCAACAUGAAUCUCUUCAUUUGGACGUCGGUUUAAUGGAGCCUAUUGAAUCAAAAACUUCUAUUGCUAAUUCUACAUAUCUUCUUCCCGCUUACAUCAAAGUACCUGCUAUAUUGCGCAUGUUACAAAAUAUAUUUACCGAAAACAUAUUUUGGGAAAGUAUGCAAAACAGUUUAAAACAGGGCACGUUCAGUCCCAGAUAUUUCAUGGGAUAUUCCACCGUUCAGAAAGUUAAAUUAAAUAAUUUUGUGGACAAUUUCGUGACAAUAACCGGAAGUAUGAGUACCUUUUAUUACACGUAUUAUGUAAUGCCAAACUGGUUAUUUAGUAAGAAUUAUCCAUUGAUGAUGAACCAUGAGUCUCCACACGGAGGACCUCUCAAUGACGAAUACAGAGUAUCCCAAGGCAGUUUUAUUCGGGGUGGUCACAACAUCGGUUACUACACUCCUUUCACUUACACCGAGGAAAAUCGAUGCGAUUUUGAAACGUCGUGGCCAGAAAGAUCUGAGAGUGUCUGGUUACGACCUGGCACGUCGUUUCCUUUUAUUGUGUCCAAAAGCAGUAAUUGGUUCAUAUGCAAUGUGCAACAAAUUGGUUAUUAUCGCGUCAACUAUCCAAUACAUAAUUGGAUUAAAAUCGUGCAUUACUUACGCACUUCAGACCAUAAGAAAAUACACGUGCUCAAUCGUGCUCAAAUCAUCGAUGACUUUUAUCAUUUCAUGAAGGAAAAACAGGUUGAAGUUAAGAUGAUAUUCGAGGACCUCAUACAAUACUUGUCGAUAGAAACGGAUUAUGAAGCGUGGUAUCCCAUGAUCAGGAUGCUCGAAGAUUUUUCGGGUAUCACUCCGUAUCCGAGUACGUGGCUCGACGGCAUAAAGCGCUUUUUGUCGAACAUCGUGAACGAACUUCUCAGAAACAUAUCGUUUGAGAACGAUCCUGACGAGCACGAGUUUAGAACAUGUUUAAGACAAGAGGCCAUAAAAUGGGCUUGUCUUUUCAAUGACUCAAAAUGCAUAGAAAUGGUUACCGCUAGAUUGAACAAUUCUCUUUCGCAUUCUAAAAGAAACGACAGCGCGCCUUUGCCGAUGUGGGAUGAAUGGAUGUAUUGCACGGGAUUGCAAACGGGAGACAAAUAUAUUUGGGACAGAUUACUGAGCAUAUACAAAAGCACACGUAAUCCCGCAAUAUUGAAAGCUUUGCCUUGCAUUUAUGUUGUUUACGAGGACGGCAAGAGAUUUAUCAAUAAUCCCGCGAGACUCCACACUGAACAUGCGCCAAGUUUUUUGAACGACUCAUCUGAAAGGCAAAUUGAAACGUUUAUCACCUUUGAAAAUGGAAAUUUCACAAAUUUUGUUACACAUCUACGUGACGAUCUAAACUUGACGAUAAACGAGGAAGUGAUUCUUUUACAAUCUUUAGUUGCUAAACUCGGUGGAAAUCGUCACGUUCUCCGGCAAAUAAUAAACAACCUGGAAAGUAUUAAACCCAGGAACGUAACAUUUAAUGCAGUAUUAUGUAUUAUUAUUAAUCACAUAUAUGUGUCGGACAAAGCUGACAUGAUUACACUGUUUAGUGAAUUUAUAGACAGAUUAAUUUAUGAAAUUGAACAUGGAACACUUUAUGUGGGAGAUGUUAGUUCGCAUGAUCUGACUUACAUAUUAAUCAAGGACCGAGAAAUAAAAAAUUUAAACUCGUCAAUUAUAACAAGCAAAAUUAAUUCACGUUAUUCACAAAUGAAAAAUUACAUCGAAGACAUGAAAGUUUUCUUCGACACCCCCAACAUGAUAACGGAUCCUUUCUUGAAAUUAUAAACAUAUAUAGUAUAUAUAUAAUUUUAUAAACAUUCAUAUAUAUAUAUAUAUACUGACAAACAAUUAUAAUUGCGUACACAAUAUGUACACAUUAAUUAUCUAUAGUUUUACUUAUGUUAAGUCGUAUUGAAAAUAAGUUUUACAAG